CACGUUCGGGACACCGGUUUUCGAGGUAGUCAGUCGUCUGGUAGCAGUCGAACGACAACGAAUCCAUGCGAAGUGAAUUUUAACGCGGCACCGUCGCGUCGAUUCCUCUCGUGUGUGUGUGCGUGUGUGUGCGUGCGUGUGUAUCCGACUUUCCUCUCGCGUAUUCGCGCUCGUACCAACUUUCAAAUACGCCACCGUGUCCCGUGCACCUCGCUGCAUUACGACUCUUUUUCCCUUCUUUCUUUCCCUCUCCUUUCGCCCAUUCUUAUUUAUAACGCCGUCGUUUCGUCGACCACCGUUGUCGUUGCUUUAUCACAACGCUGAUAAAUGGUCAUCUUCUUGCGCGUCGAGAGUGCAGUAUGGCGCACGCAAUGGAACGAAUGAAAUGUUGAGGAAACAACGAGCUACGCUGGCUAUUCUUCGCCGUUUUCUUUCCCGGUACGAGGCCAGGCUGCCCCCGGCCAACGUGAAACAAUGGAGAACAACCUUGCGAACGAGAUGAAAGAGCUGUGGAUCGUUUACGCCUGGUGGUCAUGCGUUCUCGUUCUGAAGAUGAACGCCCUGACGUGGUUCACUGGGCGAAUUCGAGUCGCCAGACGGGUGAUCCACAGCGAGGAGGAUAAAAUAUGGCUGGAAGGUUCCGAUGUAAUUUUAUGUCCGACCGGAGGCGGUCACGAGGACGUGGAUCGCAUUCGAAGUGCACAUCAAUACGAUCUCGCAACUGUGCUCCCUUAUCUGCUAAUUACACCGAUAUGGCUGACUACGUCACCGUUGUUUCCUCUGGUUCGGAUGAUUUUACCCGGUUUCGCAAUAAUUAGCAUAUCGCACACACUGCUCCAGAUGAAAAUUGUGAACGUGCACCGUUACUGCGGGACAAUUCUGUCUCUCUCGGAACUUUGCAUUUUAAUUUACAUGUCCGCCGUAUCCGCGUUUUACUACGCAUUCUGAUGUCAAUGUAGUAAUAUAUUUCUUGUAAUACGAGAAACGCAAUCGUUGCAUUUUUAUGCGAUAAGCAGCUAUAGCGUUCGACGUUUUUCAUGCGUAAGUAUAACAAAUGAAUGUAGGCAUUAUCUUCGAUGUAACAUUCAAACGGUCUAAUUUGUAAAAGUUUAAAAUGUGAAGAUACAUAUUAAAAUUUAAAUUGUGAAAGAAGUCGAAGCUUUUAUUUUAUAUUGUAUUUUAUAU